AUGGUCCUAGGAAUAAUUACCGCCAUAGCGGCUUGUCCUGCAAUCAUUGGAACUACCGAAGCAGUCCGACAAGGCCAAAGAAAGAAUGCGAAAGAACAACACAGAGGCAUGAAAUCGAAUCUGAUUGUUUCUUGCGCCAGGACCUCAUACGCAGGAAGCGAGAUUGAUGGAUGCGCCGUAGUGUUGCGCAACAACAAGCUAUACAUUGCGGUGACUACCGGCGAGGGUCAGACCAAAUUCCCUCAGCAUCCUUUCGCUGGAUAUUUUCUCCCCUACCCCGACACAGACUGGGGUCGCAAAGGAGAAGGACUGGUCUCUACAAUAUCCGAUGAACCUCCGCAACUAAAUUGGGUAUACGUGGACGAAGAAACAUAUGAAGUGAAGUACGGCCUGCGAGAAGAAUCCCAAAGCCAAAUUGUUGGGCCGUGGGACUGCACUCCAAUUGAUAGGAGAAUUACCCUGGAAGGCUGGGAGGGUUUCAUGGCUGUGGAAGAUGAAGGGUCAUGGGCGCUCUAUUUUGACCGAGACGACAACGGCUUGCGAGAAAAAAGGUCCAAGGGAAGGAUUUUAGAAAUUGAGUUGACAAGGAAAGAGAGAAAAAAGCGUAAAGAUGACGAGGGGUGA